GGAUUUCUCUGUCGGUAUUUGACAUUGAGAAAUCGAGAAAAUUUUGCAAAUCUGCUCGUCAAGUUGUGGAGUUUGUAGUAUUUGUGUGUUAUGGCCAGUUACAAAGGAUAGUGUUUCGUUUAUCGAAAAUAUAGCUCGGAUAAAGUUGUAUAACUAUUCUUAAAGUUAUUUUACGAUAAUAUAAUUUCAGUGAGGUGUAAAAAAAUAGAUAGAAGGUACCGAAAUCGACAUUAACCGAGAUUUAACCCUCCUACUUCCUGUGUGGUCCAGGGUAUCUUUAAAUGCCCGUGGACAAUACUUCCCGAAGUUAAAUCGCAUUUUUAUAUUUGAAUUAAUACUCACUUUCUCCUAUCUCGUGGUUGAAAAUUCUCAAAUAUAUAUAUAUAUAGGCCCGGAUACCAUAUUAUGGCUACGAUCAUUCAGAAUAAUGGUAUGAAGCCCUUGUCUAAUGGAAACGGUCUGGUACAUCAAGUUCAAAAUAUAAAUGGAUUUGAACAUGUUAAUAUGUUGAAUAACAGUGAUAAACCCCAAUUAACAGAAUCCAAUGAUGAACAAUGUGAUGUUAAAAGUGAACAAAAUGAAACUGAUGAAAACGUGGAAACUGUAGAAGAACCUGAAAUAGACAUAGUUAUUAACAAUGUAGUGUGUAGUUUUAGUGUAAGAUGUCAUUUGAACCUACGUGAAAUAGCUCUUUCUGGAGCGAACGUUGAAUACCGCAAAGAAAACGGCAUGGUUACUAUGAAAUUACGCAGACCUUACACUACGGCAAGUAUCUGGUCUUCUGGAAAAAUCACUUGUACAGGAGCCACCAGCGAAGAUGCAGCCAAGCAAGCAGCAAGAAGAUUUGCCCGUUGUCUACAAAAACUGGGAUUCAACACAAGAUUCCACAACUAUAGGGUUGUUAAUGUUCUUGGAACUUGUUCCAUGCCAUUCUCAAUCAGAAUCAGCUCAUUUUCUGAGAGACAUAGGGAAGCUGAUUAUGAACCCGAACUUCAUCCAGGAGUUACUUACAAACUGAAGAGCCCCAAAGCUACUUUGAAGAUAUUUUCUACUGGCAGUGUUACAGUUACAGCACCCAGCGUUGCCGAUGUACAAGCCGCAAUCGAAUAUAUAUUUCCCCUAAUUUACGAAUUUCGUAAAGAACGCACCAAAGAAGAGAAAGAAGCUUUAGCAAAAAAGAAAUUGAGGCAGUUUGGAGAAAUGCCCAUACCUGAGGAGGGGAUGGACGCAAUGUGCGAAACAGAUAAUCGGGAUGAGACAUGGGACUAAAAUAGUGAGAAGGUGUACCUUGAACUCUACUUGAACAUGCAAUUUUUUCUCUGAACAUCCCUAUAACCUCGCAUAUCAUGUUUGGCACGUAUUCAUGCAUCAAGUAGGUUCUCAUGAGAGGGGUUAUGGUAGUUGUUUUCAACCUAGUCAGGUUUUUUGGCGUGACAGUUAUUUAUUAUGUGAAAUAAGACUGUGGAAAUUUCUGUUUGUUUCAAUAAAGAAUGAUAUUGAUUGCUGCAUUUAGAAGAGGCUUUUUGAUGUUUUUCUUUGUGAAAACUUGGCUUCUAAUACUCAAGCUACUGUUGAGCUUCUAAUAAUGUAGUUUUAAUAUUCCUUAGAUUUGCUAAGUCUGAAUAGCAAUAAAAAUAUUCCUCCUUUUUUUUAAAUUCAGAUAAAAGACAAUACUAAUUAGUUGGAAGUCAAUUGGUAUUGUUUUCUAAUGGAUACUUUAUGAGGUCUUCUCGAAUAGCUGUGAUUUUUCUGCCAAUGAUUGUAGAGCUAUCCUACAUUUUAAAAUACAGAAAAGUUUGUACAGGAUGAAGCAGAAUUCGAACACCCAGAUACUUUUUGAGAUGAGUAGAAAAAGACUUGUAUUGUGUUUCAAAAGAAUCUCACAAAGUAAAACAUCUACAUCAUAAGCCAAAGCAAGUACUGUUACAGAAAUGUUAUGAGUACAUAUUACAAUUGACUGUUUUAAACCAUUCAUGUACAUAGUAUAUCUUUCUGAGGUUUCCUAAUAAACAAAUGUGUUUUGGAAAAUGUUUAUCAAUGGUGACUACAAAUUAAUAAGAAUAUUCCAAGUGUCCAUAAGAAUUGCUUUCUCACUGGAAAAAUGAUGUUUGAACAGUUCGUUCAAAUUUACAACAUAAUUACGUACAGUUUCUGCUGUAAAAUGGUGGGAUCUUUUGGAACUCUCUAAAAAUGAAAAACAAUUUUUGCGAAGAUGUCGCAGAAUUUGAUAUACAUUUUCCAAGUAAAUAUAAGUCUGUCAGUCUGGGAAACUCAUUUUAUAAUUAUCAUUAUUUAUUAACACAUGUAGUAUUAAGUCGAUCACAGAGCUGCUGACUGAUCUUGAUCCACAUUGCUUGACUCCGACUGAAUGAAAAAAAAAAAACAUCAGAAUUAUUGCGAAUCUUUUUAUGUACCUAUUGAUAUUUUAGCUCUGUGUUUCUUGUACAUGUUAUACUUGGUGUAGUCGUAGGCCUAGUAACGUCAAUUUGUUUGUAUUUUUUUUUAAAUAGCCUUUGGAGCUGUUCCCUCCCGUAAGUGUCUUAAAUCCCCAAAGACAAAUCGUCACAUGAAGAGUGUGCUAUCAUGAUACUUUUGUUUGAUACAUUUUUUUAAAUGUACGUUGAUAAUUUGAUAUAUAAUGAGCCCCGUUGAAACUUGUAACCAAAAGGUUUGGUAUUUUCACAGGCAAAGCAAUAUUUCUAUGUGAUUGCAUUAAAAUUAUUAUAUACAGUGAAUCCCUGCCUAUAUGUCUACAAAAGAAUAAAAUACAUUAGGUUGCUAAAAACGAACAAAAUUUCAUCUAAUAUAUCGAAUGUUCUUCCAUUUAUCUUCAGUGUCAGUCGAGUAAGUUUGAAAGCAAAAUAUAUAUUGACUAUAUUCUUCUGGUUUUGCUUUUCAAAUGUCAAGACUUUUAUUAAGUGUAUAAUAGUGGUUCAUAAUUUUGUUUCUUCAAAAUUAUUCCCAGUUUCAAUGAGAACGUUUUAGGGGAAUUUCGUUUCAUUUAUGAAUUUCUGAAUGAAGCCUUGAGUGUAAGUGAAAUUUGUGAAAAGAAUCAAUAUAUGUUAAUUUUGGAAGUUUAUGCUUCCAAUGUCUCAUAACAUAAAUAUUGAAAUUAUUAUAAACAAAAUAGAGCUUUAAUGAAUAAAAAUAAAAGAACAUGUAUUGAAACUGGUCUUUAAUUUUGUUUUGAAUUACAUUUUAUUUAUCAAAUUUUCUGAAUUUCAGUAUUUAUCAAGUAUUUUUUCAAUUACAUUUUCUUUUUUAAAUGUUUUUAAGCUUGAAAGUUCAGUUUCUAAUUGUUCCAACAUAACAAUUGAUAUUUCAUUUCGCGAGUCAUUUGAAAUGCUCAAUUUUUUAAUUAAUUUCAUUUGUUUUAUCAAGUAUUGAAAUCUUUAUGUUUGUAGACAUUGAAACUUCAAAGUUCCAAAAUAUUGCAUGGAUGGACAUAGGAUUAUUUUGAAAUGAAGUCAACAAAUGUGAAUAUUUUAAAUUUUGAACAUCUGAUGGGAAAAACUCAUUGUGACCGAUGGCUCACUUUGAACCCUACACUAACUCUUCAAAAAUGGUUUCAGAUAGGAGAAUAAAAUUUGACAAAUUGAAAAUACAACUUUUUUAAAAUUAUUUUCACUGUACUAUUCCAUUCUGGUUUAGAGACAAAUUCUAAUAGUUGAAAUAUUUUUAUCUGCUAGUUAUGGGAACAUUUUUUUUCAGCAUUAUGACAUGGCAAAUAACAGAGCGUAAACAUUUCACUCUUGAGCCUUAUCGAAAGUAAUAAAGUAUAAAUAAGCUGUAUUGUGUAGAUUUUCUGGUCAGAAAGCUAUGUGUUUUGAUGAACGAUAAAUAUAACGCUCCAUAAUGCACAUUCACAUUCAGCAUAUGGAUUCAAAAAUAGAAAUUGAUUCAUUAAAGUUGUAUUUUGAGUUCAUCAUCGUAAUUCUUCUGAUGCACACAUUGUGUAGGCUUCACUCAUCUUGAUAUAUAUACCAAUUCAGUUUUUUAAAAUGGAUCAGAGAUAUGUAUUAUAUUGAUGUUUACCAAAUCGAUUCUUUAGUGAUUAUUUGAUCAAGUGUUCGAAUUAUUUUUUGGCUAAUUUGAUUUGCUGGUUCUGUUGAAUUUCUCUUUAUUUCCUUUAUUGUAGGAGGUAGAUUUAAUAAAAGUUUUCUCAUGUUGUUCACAAAA